AUGGAUGCUGUUUUACGAAACUUCAAACUGAUCCCCUGCCCGGCCGGGGACAGAUGCACCAAACCAAUCUGCCCUUUGGAACACGCCCAGAUCCAGGAUUCUGCGGCAACAACCCAAGCAAACGGCGCGAGCCAGGACGAAGACGGGCCACGAAAACGUCGAAAGGUCUCUUCCGAACCUGACUCCGUUCCAACGCACGCCAUGCCAUCACAAUCGGAACCUUCUUCAGCUGGGCGCACAGUGUCGCCGCCGCCAUUGAAGCGCAAGGUCCCAACCCAAGCUGCUCCCGUGACAAAGUCAGCCAGACCACCAACCGUUUCCGUCGCAUCGCCAGCGCCAACAACUAAGCCUAACGAGAGCUCCACGUCACCAGGCGCUACACCUCAACACACAACACCACAGAAAGCCGCGCCCAGAAAGCCUGAAACUCUUAACCCCCGCCACCUCAAGACAACCGCCCCCGCGACCCAUGACUUUCGCUACAAGGCUCUAAAAUUACUCCAUGACCAGUUCCGGCGUCUCAACGACGAAGUGAAAAAGGACGCCUCAGAAGAUGAACAGCAACUCGUUCUGUCACCUCAGGAACUCAUUUGGUUAGCGCUAGACGAGGAGCAAAAGAUGGCGACCGAGAAGGCUUCGAUUUAUCAAAACAUCAUCAAGAACCGCAUUAUGAUCUACAAGCGCAUGACACCCGGCCAAUGGAGGGACGAGCGGGCCGCUGGGCUCAAAAAGAAAGCGGCUCCAAUCACACCGCCAUCGAAAACACCGCGAAGGUCGGUCUUGGGGCCUCCAAGGACCAUCCAGACUGGCCUGACUCCCCAAGAAGAAGUGAACUUCCUCGAACAUCUCAGCACACCUAUCGAUAAGCUCGCCCAAUGGGGCUAUAUUCCGGUUCCGCCUUCGGAAGCGGAGAUCGCCAAAGCCCGUGAAGGAGAAGAAGCAUCGCUCGGCUAUGAGGUCUGCGAUCGGUGCAACACACGAUUCCAGGUAUUCCCCGGCCGCCGUGAAGAAGAUGGCGCUCUCGCAUCCGGCGGCAAGUGCCUGCACCAUCCAGGGCGACCGUAUUACCCGGAGCGCUCUCUUGUUGACUUGGACCGCCCGGCCAGGCGUUACCGUUGCUGUCAACAGGUGGUGGGCGAGUCAGCCGGUUGUGUGGCUGGCAACACUCACGUCUUCAAAACAUCGUCGCCUGCGCGCCUGGCAUCCGUUCUUCCGUUUGAGGAAACCCCGCCCAACCCGUCAGCACCAACAGACCGCGCCGUCUGCUUUGACUGCGAGAUGGGCUACACUGUGCGCGGGCUGGAGUUGAUCCGCCUCACGGCCACCAGCUGGCCCGACGGCAAGACAUUGCUGGAUGUCCUUGUCCGGCCGGUUGGCGAGAUCCUCGACCUCAACUCGAGGUACUCCGGUGUCUGGCCGGAAGACAUUGUCAACGCCGUGCCUUGGUCCGCCGAGGACACCAAUACUACUAUACCCCUAGAUAAUGACGGCAAUACAAACAAAGCAACAGAUCCUAACGCGCCGAGACGGUUGAAAAUCGUCCCGUCUCCGGCUGCGGCCCGAGCGGCGCUCUUCUCCCUCAUCUCCCCCGACACACCGCUCAUUGGCCACGGACUUGAAAAUGAUCUCAACGCUGUCCGCAUCAUCCAUCCCACCCUCAUCGAUACCAUCCUCCUCUAUCCACACCGCAACGGCAUGCCCAUGCGCCAUGGGCUCCGCAUGCUCAUGGAAACCCGGCUCAACAAGAUCAUCCAGGCCGAGACCGACGCUAGCGGGAAGAUUACCGGGCAUGACAGCGCUGAGGAUGCUCGCGCUGCGGGGGAGUUGGUCAGGUUGAAGGUGGAGGAGAAGUGGGGCUCCAUGAGGGGACUGGGGUGGAAGUUGGUAGAUGGGAAGUUUAUAGCGCCGGAGAACGAGGAGCAGGGGAAGGGGAAGUUGAGUGAAGCAUUUUUGGAAGGGGGACAUGCGCUGGCGCAGGCGCACGCUUAA